AUGGCAUUAAGAACUUUACCAAGCCUCAAAUUCUUCAAUGUGACCAUACCAGCACAAUAUGUGGUCCAUGUCGAGAUUAACCGGCCGGAAAAGCUCAAUGCUUUCUAUGGACCCAUGUGGGUCGAGUUGAAAGCCAUCUUUGACCAACUGUCGCAUGACCCUGAUGUCCGGGCCAUUCUGCUCUCUGGGGCCGGUGACCGUGCAUUCACAGCAGGCGAGAUGAUUAAUCUAACUUCGUGUCUUUCAGGGCUCGACGUAGAGCAGGCGGCGAAAUCCAAUAGUCCACUCUCGACUGGGGUGCCCGACCCAUCGAGGAAAGCGGCAUUACUAAGGCGACAUAUACUCGAACUGCAAGACGUAAUCACAAGCGUCGCGCGUUGUGAGAAACCGACUAUCGCGCUUCUCCAUGGAUACACGUACGGCCUCGGAAUCGACUUAUCAUCAGCAUGCGAUAUGCGCUUUUGCGCCAAGGACACCAAGCUGUGCGUCAAAGAAGUCGACAUCGGUCUAGCCGCGGACGUUGGAACACUAAGUCGGUUACCCAAGGUUGUUGGGGGCGUGACGAGCUGGGUCAAGGACGUCUGCCUCAGUGCGCGCCCGUUCUCAGCAGAUGAAGCGCUCAAGAACAACUUUGUGAGCCGAGUGGUGGAUGGCGGUAAAUCUGAGUUGCUCAAGGAAGGGUUGGAGACCGCGAAAUACCUUGCAAGCAAAAGCCCUGUGGCGGUUCAAGGGACAAAAAAUAUUCUCGACGCGUCUUGGGGAAGGACUAUCGAUGAUAAUCUCAAUUACACCGCGGUAUGGAACAUGGGGAUGUUGCAAAGCAGUGAUGUGCAGAGAGCCAUGUUGAGCGGCCUGCAGAAGAGAACACCAACAUUUGAGAAGCUGUAA